AGGAUAAUUCUAGGAAAGUAUUAUCCUCCUUAUAAUCUUCUACUUAAAUGCCGUAGUAGCAGUAGAGCAUAGUAGAACAACUUACUCAAAUUUCAACCCUAAAUUGAUUCUGAGGAAAUCAAGGACCUUGAUGAUGGCGCAAGCGACGAACGUCACUCCUGCUAAUGGAAAGCAGGACAAUGCUGCGGCAGAACAAAAUAAAUUCCCUGUGGAUCUUGUCAGUGGCUGGUUUGAUCGUGGCUUUGACAAAGUAGGUCGCGCCUAUGGUCGUCAGGCGGUGAAGAAUCCAGCAUGCUGCUCUCUGUCAGGGCUUCUCAUCUUGAUCGUGUUGGCGAUUCCGUUCUUCAUCAAGCUUGGGGAAACUGAUCAUCGUGGAAGCCCGAUUCGAAGUACUUACGCGGCUUUGAUGUUAUUCGUGUUCUUGGCUUGAAUGUUGUAAAUGCUAUUCAUCUUGCUAUGAAAAGUAGGAACAAGCUGCACAGUACUAUAAGUCCCAACAAUGCUAUUGCUAUGAAAAGUAGGAACAAGCACAGUAUAAGUCCCACCAAUGCUAUUGCUAUGAAAAGUAGGAACAAGCUGCACAGUACUAUAAGUUGCACCUCCUUCUACAUUCUUCCCAUAAUGAUCGUCCCCUAGGCCGCAUCAACGUGAAGCGUGGUUUCGAGUACCGCAGUGAUUAUGGUAUGUGGUCUCCUGUCAGUACGCCGCAAGCAGAGCGUCUGAAGCGUGUGGAGGAGGACGCCCAGGGGAACCGCAAGAAAUAUUUGGACUCAGCUGCUCACAAGGCUUCCGUCAUCGGUUACACGAAGAACCCUGACAUCGCCACCGAAUUGAAUCAGCAGUGCAUGAACUUGGAAAAGGGAAAUUAUGAUAUCUUCAUGAUGCUGGCUGAAGAAAAGCUAAAGAUUCUUUAUCAACCAGUGACAGCUGCAUUGUCCGUGCUUCUUUGUGAAAGAAAAAGGCGGUUGACAUUGUCUAGUAUCUCGUGACACACAUUUUUGAUAUACUACAAUCAUCCUGAGCACCUAGUCCUAGUCGUUGUACAUGUAGAUGUUCAUCCUCAUCCUCUAAUCCCCAGAAGAGCGUUUCUACGUCCUCGUAUACUCGAAGACGGAGCCCGAUGCCAAUGGAAAUGGUGUGGAUCUUUGUAAAACCGACAACAUCGAAAAAGUCUGGAAUUUCGAACAGUACUUGAAGAAGCGCGCGACCAAGGAAGGCAAGGGAUACGCCUACGCACCGGAUUUUUGCCCAUUGAACCCGGAUCUGUUCAUCUUAUGAACACCUCCAACAGGUGAAAGUAAUAAAACAAUCGAUACAAUACAAUAAGCUUCGCACAAAAGUAGAUCUGUGCAGACUUCCCCAAGAGCAGCAUAACAGAAAUGAAAUGGUUGUACCCCCACUUCUUACAACGUUCUCUCCCUACACCAAACGUGUGAGUACCACCCUACUCCUACUCCUACUUACAACGUUUUAUUGCUCUAAUUACCAACGACCGCCAGAUCAAGACCAACGGUACAGGCUGGAACGGAGAGGGCGCGAACAUCUUGUGGCAGCAACAAGGCCACAUGGAGCCGUGUGGAAACUACAAGGAAGCUGGCCACCCAGGUUACCACGAACACAAGGCCUGCGUCGAAGCAUCUGCUGCGAGCACCGUGAAAUGCGAAUGCGUUGACAGAACCACUUGUGCAGUGUACUCAUUCUUUAUCUUUAGAAAAUUUUUUCUUAGAUGUGGAUGGUACCUUUUCUUGUACUUCUCUAGGAGGUACUCCUAUUGCCAUUCUAGACCAGCUAGCAUGGUAGAUACCACAAAGUACUAGGAGUCAAAUUUAAUAGGGGUCAUUGACCCUUUUAGCACUGAUCUGCACCAGUAGUCACAAUUUCUUACAUACAACUACAACAUUCUCCUCAUACUAUCAUAGGGAUGCGACGUUCGGAGGCGCAUCUCGACCGUCCGUUGUCACGUGCACGGUCACUGGUGACAGCGAUUGUUACGACCAAAAGAAUGGCAAGUCUGCAGAGGCCUGCGUUCGUUGCCCCUUCUACGAUUCCGCUGCUCCUGCAGGCAAGUUACGCUCCUCAGGGUUUUUUUCUUCAUUCUUUAACCACAGAAAGUUCUUAUUGACGUCGUGAAAGGCAUCUUCUACUUGUUCUAUACUAGAGCUGCACCACAUCAUCUUCAUCAAGAAGAGAUGCGAUAGAAGUGAUGGUGGAAAAUUUCUGAAACAACUUGUUGCUUCUAACCAAAGCUCAGAUGGGUGAAGGCAGUACUCCCGGAACGUGUGCCGCAGACAUGCGUCGCGGGUUCAACAGUGAUCAAAUGCCUCCGCCUUUUUGGUGCGACAAAUUCUCUGUGGUCUCGCCACUGGGUCUCAUGAACGCGAUCGCCUACAACUUUGAUGCUUCGGUGGAUAACGCGCUUCAUUGGAGCUUGAUGUCUCGUCCCUCGAUGAACAGUGCCAAUCCCUCGGCUCCGGACACACGCACUACGCCCUACGGGAAUCCGCUGAACCCUGACCAUUUCGGUAAGACCCGAAUCGGUCUGAUGAAGGAGUUUGGAUUCCGAGCGCAGAUGAGCACGUACAUUUAUGGACUGAGUCUACUGCGUCUGGGGUGCUGUCAAAAUUCUACUUUUUCUUGCUCCUGUUUACAUCUUGUUGUAUUUCACCUAUUCGUGCUGUGCACGUGCAGCAUGAGCAUCUACUUCUGCGUAGUCGAUAGUCCUCUAGUUUUGGGCUUUUCCCUGUGAUCAUUCUGCACGGCCUUAAUUCCACAACAUUGACAACCCCAUUGCAUUAUCGCUUUACUCCUGUUCCUCUCUCUCUCUCUCUCUCUCUCUCUUUGCCAUGGUGUUCCUCUUUGACAACAUUGUCCCUAAAUCCUCUAAUGUCCGGCCAACGUCGCUUUGACCGGCAAGCAUGUGGAUCGGCGUCUCGAUCUCGUUAGAAAUGGAACUUGCGCACAGUGCCGUAGCGUCUUGAAAGCCGAGUUCGUGCAGGACGUGGAUCGCAAUAAUGGGUCCUUCGUUGCUCCAGCGCCACAAUGCUCCAAUUAAGAAGUGGCUUUUUUUCCAAAUAAGUAGAUGAAUCUAGAGACCAAAACAAGGCACGGCCAAGAAUGUAGUUCUUCUACGGAAAAUAGAUACUUACAACACUUAGUGACUUCCUCUAUUAAUCAAUUGAUUAGAGGAAGUAGUGACUUCGGCAUAAAAGACCAUCACUUGUUUCUCUAAUCCGAUUGUCUCGUUGGAGGUGAUGAGGCUUGCGUUGGUUGCAGCAACGUGGGUGGCGGAGCGAUCCCUGCGGGUGCGGAUCCCUGGUACGCCUUCCACAAUCUUGACGCCUCUCUUCCAGGAAACCAAAACAUCGCACAGUGCGAGGCAUACAGCACAAGCGCUGACUGCUAUAAUUAUGCCCGAAAUUGUUCUGGAAUUAAGUAUAAUUAUCCCUGAUAAUAUGUAAAAGUCUCUACUUAAUACAAGGUACAUGAUCAUUAGAUGUGUCGAAUACUACAAGGUACAUGAUUAUUUAGAUGUGUCGUCUAGAAGAAGCUAAUCAUGGCCAUGGUUCCCCGUACAAGCUACAGCAUGAUGUCACUGGCAAGAAGCAGCGUCUCCGAUUAGCUCCUUGAAUUAGGAGGUUUUUGCCCUUUUUUUGUAACCACUAUAUCUCUCUUUUCUACAACUACACAUAGUUGACACCACUUGACUUCUCCGUCAAUGCUUCAAACACAAUUCCAACUCCUAAAAUUUAGAUUUCUAGAGUUGAAAGGUCUUCUUCUAAUCGCUCAAUGGUUGCCAGUGGAUUCGCGAGAGCUCAUUAGCCAGUAUGAACUACAAUGGCGGACCCGGUGAUCAACUUCAGUACUACACGCCUUGGAAGACCGAUGCCUACGCGAAUGGAAUCUGUAAACCGUGCUACGAUAACAACUUCGGUAUGUUCUGGCACUCUGCCGUUGGUCUUACGGCUUCCACAAAUUCACCUGAAGAAGCAUCGUUGACAUAUUUGCAAUGGAAAAAUGAUCAAAGAUGCGCUUCAAGAUGAACACAGGGAAACUCUAAUGGUGUAGCCGGUUGCUUCGACCGACCUCAAGUCUGUCAAUGCGGUAAAAACGCAGGUGGCUGCUACAUGCCUUCGGUUUUCAACACAGGUGGUGGCGAGUUCUGUCCCCAUGGAUGCGGCAUGCGCGCAGGUAGUGCGGAUGCGUACAACAGUCGCAUGUGCACCAACUCUGGCGUUGACCCCGAUGGUCGCCGUAAAUUAGGAGAAGAUCCGGAGGCGCACAACACCAACUUCAUCGAGCAGCCAGAUGGCACCAAGGUGCGCGUCACACCAGAAGAGAUGCGAACUUACAUGCUCGCGAAAUUUGCAGAGCAAGGAAUCUACCCGUCUGAGCCAACGGAUGAGCCGGCUCCUGAAGCACAGGUAUCUUUUAUGGAACAUAUUAAAUAGCUGCAAGAUGAGUAUGACUUCUCUCUGGCCAAGCUUGACAUCAACGUUCUUGUUUUCGACUGUUCUGUACAGCUUCCUUCAGCUUUCAUGCAGUCUUCUCUUUACCAUUACCUGUACGCAAAGAAAAGCUUCCGACGUCCACUCCGACACCUGCACAGGCACCAAAGCGCAACAUGAAAGCAGCUGAGAAUCCCUUCGCAAAUGCGGAAGCCCGUAAACUUGCUAGUGCAGAGGGAACAGCAACUGCGGAUCAGUGCACUCUAUGCGAACAAUACGUUACUUUCGGCGAUGCAAAAAACAGAACAAGUACUACGUCUAUUUUCUAAGGGUAGUUGAGGAAAUCCUGCUCCUUGUGUAUGUGUUCUGACUUUGUGUCUUUAUUCCACUGAAAUCUAUGUACUAUCCUUAAAUCUACUUUUCUAUUACAGGUUCUUACACAGUAGAUAACCACUACAUUAACCACAUCCUAAACAAUCAAAAACUCACAGGUCUCGACAACGAUGGGUCUCUGACCAUGGACACCAUGACGGCGCCAUACGAAGUGAACGAGUGCAAGGCUUAUCUAAUGGUCAUUCGCUUGCGGCCAGAAUGCGAGUUGAACCAUCCGGAUUGGCGCCGAAUCGCAAACAAUUUCAAAGCGCCGGAUCUGUUAAGGCUUUCUUCCAUUUUUUUUUAGUAGUUGAAUGAUUUCCUGAGUAUAUUAAGGGGAGUGUUGAGCAAGCUCCCAUAACUGAGUAGUCGCAGUAGAAGUUGAAUGAUUUCUUGAGUAUAAGGUGAGUGUUGAGCAAAUCUGGAAUAAUUACGCAUUGUUAGUUGUACCCCACAACCAAUCUGAACCAUGACAAGAUAUUAAAAAUGCAGGAGGUACUUACACCGAGUUUUAAUCCUCUAAUCCUUGUCGCAAGAGAAGACUGGGUGCGCGAGGUGAUCGAUGAGUACACGGAUAACUACAAGCACGACAAGGACUCUGGAGAGAAAGUGGAAGCACCUAAAGCUCAGAACUUGCAAGGUGUCCCAAGUCCGUGGCGUGCUCUCCAUGAUAGUGGGAUUGGUACUAAAGUUCUUAUUGGAGUUUCUGAGUUGCUUUUCAUCAGCCACGCUUAGCUCUUGGGGUUGACAACACAUGUUUAUGUUAUACCCUAGCACGCAAAUACCUAGAAGAAGUUCCAGCACCCUCCAUCAAACGUACUUACUCAACCCCAGGUUUUACGACUAUUUUCCACACCUACAGUAUGUAUCUACGUGUCGCUCAGGCGUCAAAAGAUACCUCCAGAACAGGUAAAUGAAUGAGUGAUUGAGUUUCUUUUUCCACGCGAUGCACAAUACCCAGGUGUGACCAUUUUCCAUACCUACUUCCUGGGAGACGAGAUGACGGAGCUGAUCACGGAAGAGAUCCUGGGUUUGGGCCUUACCUUCGUCUUGAUGUACUUCUUCCUGGUCUCUGCGAUUGGUCCUAUGCAAUGGCGACGCUGGGUGCUGUCUAUCCUGGUCUUGGUCCAACCGAUCAUCGCUCUGUUGAUGACUCUGGGGAUUUGCUCGAUUCCGAUCUGUUACGAGGAUGCUGGAAUUUUGAUAUUAGUUGUAAUCUAAAUUUUCUAAAUUAUCUGUAAUGCAGGGUUCUUGUUGUACUUGUGGUAGUUGCUGAUGUUUUUCAUAUGUUACAAAUAAGUGAUCUUUUUAGUUUAGCUUAUAUAUUCGGGAAUCCAUAGUACUGGCUUGUUAUGAAGGCCUCUUCCGCUAAUCUUUGGCCUGGGUUCCUGGUGACUUGGAUCACGAUGGCGAAGAGGACAACGUGAUCCCUUCCACGGUGCUCACGGCCUUGGGUUUGCACUUGAUGCUUGCAGUCAUUGUCGAUUACGAUAUCAUCAUGGUUCGCGCUUUGGACCGAAUCACGAAGAAGAUUCCCUACUCCGAUCGUAUCGCAGUCGCCGCAGGGUAUGCGCAUCGAACGAUUUCUGUGUCGAUGCUGGUAUUCGAAUAAUUAUGCGUUUUUAGUUUAGCCAUGCUAGCAGUAGAAUCUUCUUGGUGAGCUCCUUGGUGCGUCUGGGACAGUAGAUAGACUCCGGGCGCGGGCGGAUCAUCUUCGCGCGGCGACCGGGGUUAUCGGGUUUUGUGUGUGUGUAUGAAAAGCGGGCGAAACCCGCUGCCGGCCCGCGGGUUAGGCUUCGGGGGACGCAGGAGAAGGGGGCGCCGCUGCUGCGUCUCGCCCCGGUCACUGAAGACGCCGCCGGCGCAUAACUAGGCGCGGGAACCCAUCGAAGCACAGCGAGGGCCGUGCCUUUGAAGAAUUUCAAAGGGAGGCCGGCGAGGCAAUCGAGGAGUGCGCGUAGGGGGAUCAGGGUCGAACCCUGGGGGCGGGCGUAGGUGCUUUGUCGCACCAGGGUGGGCCCGCUGCAGGAGGGUAGGGAGUGCCUGGCAAGCUUGGGCAAGGGGUGGGCGUGCGCUGGGGAGGACACUGCCCUGCGCGGGAGGACUGCUGGCGCUACACUUGGAGAAAACAGACGCCUGAUACGGGCGCGAGGUUGCAGGGUUUAUCGUUAUAGCUGGCCUCGGUUUUUGUUUCUGUGGAAGAAAUAAUGGCGAAGGCCCGGCGGCUGGUCCCGCGUGUGCACAGCGGUAGGGGUAGGGGAGGUAUGUCAUGAGUUGCGCGGUUUGAGGAAACUGCGAGCGCCAUCAGGGGCAUGGAGCCGGCUGCGCCACGCUGUCAUCGGCUUUCUUAGGCUUUCGGCGGAUAUCUAACAUCAUGACAUGCAUUGACUGGGCAGAGAUAGGUGCCUUGAGAAGGCCCAACAGCUCGGCCUAAUGCACUACCUUGACCCCUCUGCCUCACACAAGAUAUCUACCACAACAACCAGGUCGGCAUCUGUGCCUUCGCCUUGGGUAGUGUGGUUGAUUUGCCGGUGCUGACGUAUUUCUGUUGGCAGUCUGCGGUAUGUAUGGUGGGUCUGUACAUUGGCAUGUUUUCGUUCUUCUUGGGAUCAAUGGCCGCACUGGAAAAAACGGAUCCAGCCAACGCAGAAGAGGAAAACGAUGAAGGCCUCAGUGCCGAGAGUGACUUUCCGCGAUUGGUGAUCAAUUAUGAAGAAUUUGGUUUUGGACUUGUUAAAUAGUUUUGCAAUCUGGGUUCAGUAAUCAUUAGAGAUAAUAACUUCUUCUGAUAUUCUUGACGCUUACAUCUAUUUGCUUUCGAUCGUCCGAAACCCCAGUAUCUACGCUUUCUAGCAUAGUCUAUGAUUAUGACUGGAAGACACCUUACUAGUUAUUAUCCCACCCCCUCUCUUACGCUCUAACUCCUAAACGAAUGGGAUUUGAAGUUCGCAAGGGCCUUGUCUCACCCCUUCGUGAUUGGCGCUGUCAUCGUUUUCGAGCUGGUCUUUAUUGGAAUUGCCAUCUUUGGUGAACCCCUGAAGGCAGAAUUUGAGGGUUCGCGCUACCUGCUGCCGGAUUCCAAGGUGCGCCUAUUUGCGGACAAAGUCGAUGCGUCCGCAGGCUUUCCGGAUGUUGUGUCUGUCUGGCUCCCACCAAGCAGCAUCGGAAAAUACCACCUCCCAGAACGACGAAAGUACUCACUUACUCUAAGAAGUUGUUAGACUUAGACUUAAUAGAAUACAUACAUGUAGAUUUCUUCAAUUUCAGCAGAAGUGAUCUUUACACCAACUACACUACAUCUAAGGUACUACAUGACAGUGAUCGAUCAGAUGCGUGCUAUUCCUGAAGUCAACGCGGUCCAGAGUGGUCUCCCGUCUCUCUUCUCCUGGUUGCACGAGUAUGAGGCUCAGCUACGCGGCACUCAGGGCAUGAAUGUCUCCGCUAGUUAUGAGGCAGACUACGACCCAACGGCGGGUGAACAGCGCGUCGCCCACGCAUACGCCAGUGACUUCGCGCAUAAAGGUACUUGUUCUUAACCAUAGUUGUAUAAGUUUUAGACUUAGUUGUCUUAUUCUUAGACAGGUUUGUUCUUGAUGUCAGACGAGUGUUAAGAGGAUUAUUAUAUGAGAAAUGAGUAUGAAGAUAGAUCAUGGUGACGUGAUGCAGGAGACCACGAGGGCAGAAUCUGAAUCCCUAAGACAGUGCCGUAAACUGAACCUCGCCCUCGACGUAUGCCCAACUAUGCAACCCAUAAACCAGGUUGCACCGCUUGUCCUCGUGUGAUCCGUAGUGCCUACUACCCUCGCGCCGUCCGCUUCGACGAUACUGCUGGCGCAAGCAUCGUGGACAACCUGUUCAAGGACAGCGGAAAUGCCGACACCUUGAGUCAGGAGCCCUCGACCAGUAUGUUUACUGUCCGCGGACUGAACCACAACGCUGGCUCUGGCUUCGAGAUCUACGAUCACAGUGGCCAGGCUGCCGUUGCAGUCGCGAGCCAUUCGGCCAUGGAAGGUGCGUUUCAGAACUCUAUGGCUUCCGACGGGUUUCAAGUCGCGGCUGUCGUCAAAGUGGCACCAGCAGCGGAUCAAUGUGGUACAGUCUUGCUGACUGUCAACCCAACCAACGCGGCUCAGCGAUGGGCUAACCAUACGUCCGUUGCAGGCUUCAAGAUGUGGCUGCAACACGAAGUCUCAAGUCUUGCGAGCGGAGAAAAUUAAGGCCAAGUGCAAGUGGCAGUCCAAGUGUAGAAAGUCUUUUUUUUUGUGACACCAACCCCGUCCGUUGGUCUACCCUAAGCCCUGAGUCAAUCCACCCCACUUCUAAGGCCCACUCGAGGUCCGUUUCCGUUCCUUGUUGGAUGGUCGUUUCACUAUGGAUAGCACAUUUGGUGGCGACUAUGCCGCAUGCAAUAACCGUACGUCGUACAUCACCAGUCGCGAACCCUUUUGGGCUACGGAUGAGGGCGCACCCUAUUUCUACGAAUUCGUCCACGACUUCUAUGAGAACUGGAACUCGGAUCGACCCUGCUGCAGUACCAUUUUGCAACCGCAUACUUUGCUGGAUAAGCCGAAUGGAGCCGCUAAUCAGGUACUGCAACUACUUGAAACACAGAUACACCUGAUACUUGAAACAACUGAUAUCUUGAAACACAGAUACUCCUCGAAGUCAAGUUUUCUUCAAGACAGGGACGUCAUCUUCUACUGUAGGAAAAAUUGGUAUAGCUAAUACUGUAUAAUGGAUCUUCUACUGUAGGAAAAAUUAGUGUAGCUAAUACCGUAAUGGAUCUGCAUCUGUCCUAGUAGUCUAUUUUGGUCCUCUUUUCAACCCAACACAACAGGCCAACACCAACGUUUUUUCAAAGUUGGAGACCCGUACUGGACGUCUCAGUUGGUCUACGAGCGGCAAAUCGAUCACCGGCAUCCAAUCCUCCAUCGUGGCCUUUUAUAUCACGUACAAGAUCUCGGAAUCCCAAGCCCGAAUUGACAUCAUGCAUAAGCUCCAGGACUUGUUGGAAAAGCAUCGCACCAUGUACCCAGAUCGAUGGGGAAAACUUGGUAUUACUUAUAUAUAAGUAACUUUUAUUUCUAGUACUUUUAGAACUUACUAGAUAUAUUCUAUAUUGUCUGAGUCUGUGUUUGCCUACCUGGAAAGAACUACGUGCUACCAUCUUCAUACAUGAUUGCCAUUUUGCAAUGCUUUUUGACAACGUAAGUCUUAGAAAAAAGUAAAACAAUCAAUAUCAAUCCAACAACCCCACAGACGACGAAGGAAAAGCUGAUGACUCGUUCGUCGUGGCGCGAUUCUUCCCGAACGCGGAUCGUGAUGAGCACAUGAACGACUAUUUGCAACAUCACUUGCUCUUUGUCUACCUCGCGACGGUCAUCAGUUGCAUGAUCUUCAUGCAUCCGUUCUACGGUCUCAUGACGGCUGUAUUCCUCAUGAUUUGUAUGGUGCAGAUCCAGGGACUGAUGCGAUUGAUGGACAUCAACCUGGAUAUCUGUUCCUUCGCUGUGCUGGUGAUGGCAAUGGGCUUCGCGAUCGAAUACGUGGUCCACAUCGCGCAUGCUUUUCUUUAAGGCGCCGUGAAUCUGAAUGUUAGAGGAGGGAAGUUCUUGAGUUCUUCUUUCCGGUUCAAGAUGUUAGUAAGAUAGUUCUUUUACUUUUUUGCAACUUCUUACUAAGGUUUAUUUUCAUUUCGACGUAUCGUCAGUGCCGUUUCUUCUAGAAAAGAAUAUUGAAAAAUGAAAAAGUAUGAAUAGAACUACAAGAAGACAUUGAAAAAUGAAAACUAACCUCUUCAUAUGUAUGAAUAGAACUACAAGAAGGUGACAAUCCCUGGUCCCAACCCUCUAAUCUUCGCAUUGCAACGGGCGUGGUUUGGAACGUACUCAGAAUGCGCAAGAAGAAAUGGGUCUCACAGUUUUCUCCGCGUUUCUGUCAACGGCGGUCCAGCAGAUUGUGCUUCUCAUCAUGGGCAAAUCACUGGUCUUCGAAACCUACUCGUCGAUGAUGAUGCUUGUGAUUAUCAAUUAUGAGAAUGGGUGCUUGGAGGUCGUAAUUGUGGUGGUCUAGCAUGACCGAUGUUGUAUCAAACAGUACUAGUAUCAUCACUGAUCAGGAGAUCGGAAUGGGAAUCUCAGAACCAGCAUAAUUCCUAUGUUGACAAAAGAAAAAUAUUUUACUGGUGUGUCUAUGAACCAACCCCUUCCUUUUCUAAUCUGAAUCCGGUAUGACGGGUUUUUUGCUUGUCCCUGGUUUAUUGGGUCUGUUGGAUGAGUUGGCUGUGAAACUUGUGCCCGAGAAGCAUCAGGCGGCUUUGGUGACGCGACGAAAAUCGCUGACAGACGCUGUGAUCGAAGACAUCAGGCAAACCAGCAAGGAACGCGCGAGUAACGACUCGAAGGAGAAAGCAGUCGUGGCGGCAGCGGCAUAGAUUGGAUGUAUAAAUGUCUGGGUGUGGAGAAGAGAAGAUUAGAGGGGAAGAAGAAAAGGAAGAAGGACAGGGCCUUUUCGCAAAUACAAGUAGUACUUCUAGUAGUGGAUAGCAUAAGCACAUUUAUAGUAAGAGCGAGAGUGAAGAAAUAUUGAUGUUGUUGUAUCAUGUAUCUGAUGGCUGUGUAGAAAGAGUAUAAAUAUGCAGCAGUUGAUGUAGUCUAAAUGAUAAAUUUGCAUUUGGGUCCUUCUUCUUCAUCAUUUAUUAGCGAACCGCGCUUCAGGUAUUCAACCUCAAGAUGUUUACUCUUACCUUCCAGCACUGUUUUCUCCGCUUCAAAGCCUAUUAGCGAACCGACACUAAAAGAAAAUAAUGAAUAACAAUACCAAUAGCAAAGAAGCGGCAUGAGGAUAGUGCGAGGUAAGUUGUAGUACUUCUCGUGAAUCUUGUUCAUUCAAUUUACGGGUAAGCAGUGUGUAGCAAAUCUAGUACCUGUGAUUAUGUGUAGAAAAUCCUGCUUACUUUGUAGAUCUAAUAUGCUAAUUGCAAUUCUUUUGAAUAGUCCAUCACAAUACACAGAUAGACAGUUCGAUCGGCUUCAAGUGCACUUUGUGGUCGUUGAUAGUAUCAACAAGUUAUCGUAUGCACAUGAAGAGGCUGAUGAGUAAGUAAGCAGUUAACGAAAGAGGAAAGUAUUCUUCAACGCACCACGACGACUAAUUAAAGAACGUAGCAAUAGCAUGCGGAAUAUAUAUGUAGAAACAACCACCGAGGUAGUAAUUUCAAUUGUUGUUUUUUGUGUCGCAUUACACCAAGAAAGAAUGCCUUCUGUUUUCCGCAAAAUUUGACGUGUGGCUUUGAAUGUCCCAUACAACUUAUCAUGACAGUAAGUCGCAGAUCUUGCGUAACCUCCUAGGACUAGAAGAGAAAAAAACUACUAAUUGUCGAUGAAAUUCACAUUCCUGAUGCAGAAACCCGAAAAAGCAUAGCAUGCUAGUUUUUUUUCUGCAAUUCAAAGGGUUGGAAAAAUGUCAGUGGAUUGUGUGUGAGGCCAAGGCGUCGCUGAAUGCAGCCGGAUGUUGGCAUGACG